CCCCCAGUCUGGGCCCCGUGGCUUCCGGAGGCUUUAGGGGAGCCCGCCGGCUGCUCUAGACACUUGGUCCCGGCUGCGCAGCCAGCCAAGGCUGCGCUGCUCCGGCUGGGAAGCAGAGGUGGGCCCGCCCUAGGGUUCGGGUUGGGUGAUUCUUGCUGGCGCAAGGCAAGUUUCUGGAAGGAAACCGGGUAAGCGAAUUGUACAAGCAAGCCACUUAAGUUUUCUUUCACGAAGAGACCUGCAUCUUGCCAAGCCUCUUGAGGCUUGGUGGUCCUCCCACCAGACAGGUGUGGGGGGGUCCAUGAAGAAGCUCAUGCUCAGAAGUAUUACCUGAGGUGAUGUGAGGAGAAUGGCUCUCAUGAAUAGGAAGUGCAUUUGUGACCUUUGCUCUUGUGGCAAGCAUCACUGCCCACAUCUCCCUACCAAGAUUUAUGAGAAGACAGAGAAACCAUGUUUUUUCUCCGAAUACACCGAGAAGUAUCCUACCUAUCUUUCUUAUGUGCCCCGAGAGUCCUUCAAACCCAAGUUGGAGUACCAGAAAGUAAAUAUACCAAUGGAAGGCCUGUCCACAACGAAGAGAGACUUUGGAAAUUACAACAUAGUACCAGUGAAACACCAUCUUCCUGAGAAGGCCACUCCAGUCCAAGACGAAAUGGAUUUCCUCACAACGUAUAAUCAACACUACAACUACUGCCCUGCCAAUCGAGUGAACCCCAUCAAACCUCGAGACAACAAACAUCAAUGUAAUGACAAAAUGGAGUGUGUGCCUACCUACAAAGCUGAUUAUUUGCCCUGGAACCAACAAAAAAGAUCUUCGAUUCGUCCACCACAAUCAUACCGUCCUGCGUCCUGUAGGUUUGAUCAUAGAACCACACACCAGGACGAUUAUCCCAUAAAAAAUCCUGUGGAUACUGUGAGUUACAAACCUCCACAUGGGCCCAAGCUGUGCAACAUCCCCUUGGAGAGUAUGACAAGUUACAAAUCCAGCUAUGUGGCCCAUCCCAUGGAGAAACGGUGUGUGUAUGAGGGAGAGAAGUAUAAACCAAGUGAACUGCCUUUUGAUAGCCUUACCACCCACAAAGAUUCCUACAGGGGUUUGAUCGGGGAGCCUGCCAAGACCUGGAAACCUGCCCCAAAUCACCCUGGGCUGGAUAUACCUUUUCCAUCCAACACUGAAUUCCGAGAAAAAUUCCAACCUUGGCCAACACCCAAGAUUGUCCCCAAAGAGUCCAUUGCCUACAUCCCUCCUGAAGAGAUGGAUCUUCUAACAACUGGUGCAAAGCAGACUACAAAAUGCCCCAAUGGUGUUCCUGCUCAGUCCUGCCGGCCAGUCAUCCAUUUGAAGAAGAGUGACCGAUUUGAAAGCUCCACGACCAACAAAGAGGAUUUUAAACACUGGGCCAACAUCCGAAGAGAGCCAGUCAAACCUAAUCACCAGCUGAAAUUCUCUGAUGAACCUAUGGAAUACAUGACCACCAAUCGUGCCCACUAUGUGCCUCAUGCACCAGCCAAUACCAAAAGCUGCAAGCCAACCUGGUCUGGCCCUCGUGUAAACAUCCCUUUAGAAGGUCAGACCACCUACUCUACCAGUUUUACUCCUAAAGAAAUUCAAAGGUGCCCAGCUUCAUACUCUGAACCCCCUGGCUACAUCUUUGAUGAGGUGGAUGCUGUAGGGCACAGGCUGUACAGGCCGGCUUCCGGAGAAACGUCUCAAGAGAGCAACCAUCUUGGCUUUGGUGAUGCAUAA